AUGUCUGCGUCACUAGUGAAUCGAUCAUUGAAAAAUAUAAGGAAUGAAUUAGAAUUUUUGAAGGAAUCAAACGUCAUAUCAGGCGACAUUUUCGAAUUAAUCAAUAGCAAGUUACCUGAGAAAUGGGAUGGAAACCAAAGAUCGCCCCAAAAUGCAGAUACAGAAGAGUACGUUGAAGCUUUAUAUGAUUUUGAAGCUCAACAAGAUGGAGAUUUGUCAUUGAAAACAGGUGAUAAAAUACAAGUUUUAGAGAAGAUUUCUCCAGAUUGGUAUAGAGGCAAGUCAAAUAAUAAGAUCGGAAUAUUCCCUGCAAAUUAUGUGAAACCUGCUUUCACGAGAUCAGCCUCACCUAAAUCUGCGGAAGCUGCUUCAAGCUCGACUGUUUCUCGUCCCAGUGUUCCACCUCCAUCAUACGAACCAGCCGCAUCACAGUAUCCUUCACAGCAGGUUUCAGCACCUUAUGCACCUCCAGCCGGUUAUAUGCAAGCUCCGCCUCCACAGCAACAGCAGGCGCCUUUACCAUAUCCUCCACCUUUCACUAAUUACUAUCAACAGCCUCAGCAACAGUACGCACCACCUUCACAGCAAGCACCGGUGGAAGCACAACCGCAACAGAGCAGUGGGGCUAGUAGUGCCUUCAAGAGUUUUGGUAGCAAAUUGGGAAAUGCUGCUAUAUUUGGCGCUGGUUCUGCUAUUGGUAGUGAUAUUGUCAACAGCAUUUUUUAG